AAAUUACUCACUCCGUGGCGUUAUUUUCGUGGACAGAUUUUGGGCGGAGUAAAACUAUUAUCUCGCUUCGCCUCUUCCUCUCUGUCGAAACGCACGUUUGAAUGAGAUGGCCUUGGAUACUGUGUCUCUAGCAACCUGUUCUACGUAGCAUCAAAGAUUGGCAUUGCAGUAGGAGCUGUACCAUAAUAAAGGAGGAACCCUUCAACAGGUAGUUCCAGAUCUCCAUCUCAAUGGCCCCACACCCAGUGGUGCAGGCCAUCAUUGACCUCUCAGCUGGAGCUAUAGGAGGUACAGCGUGUGUGCUGAGCGGUCAGCCCCUGGACACAGCCAAGGUGAAGAUGCAGACCUUUCCCUCCUUGUACCGAGGCUUUGUCCACUGCUUCUCCUCCACAUACAAACAGGUGGGUCUCCGAGGGCUCUACCAGGGUACCAGCCCAGCCCUGAUGGCUAACAUCGCUGAGAAUUCUGUCCUCUUCAUGAGCUACGGAUUCUGCCAGGAGGUGGUUCGCACAAUGGCGGGACUGGGAACGGAGGCUCCACUCAGUGACAUGCAAAAAGCAUGUGCUGGGUCGGUUGCAUCCAUCUUCUCCUCUCUGGUCCUGUGCCCCACUGAGUUGGUCAAGUGUCGUCUUCAAGCCAUGUACGAGAUGGAAGCGUCUGGCAAGAUCGCAAAGGGCCAAAACACGGUGUGGUCAGUGGCGAAGUCAGUGAUGAAGCAAAAUGGUCCUACAGGGUUUUUCACAGGCCUGACCACAACCAUCGCCAGAGAGGUGCCCGGGUACUUCUGCUUUUUCGGGGCCUACGAGCUCUGCCGAACCACCUUUGCUGACAACAUGAAGUGCAGCAAGGAUGACAUAGGAGUGGCCCCUAUUGUGUUCAGUGGGGGUUUCGGGGGUGCAUGCCUGUGGCUGGUGGUCUACCCCUUUGACUGUGUCAAGUCUCGCAUCCAGGUCAUGUCAAUGAUAGGGCGCCAGGAAGGUUUCUUCAAGACCAUGAUGACUAUCAUGAGGACGGAAGGUGUAAGGGCGCUCUAUUCUGGUUUGACUCCCACCAUGAUCCGCACGUUCCCCGCCAACGGAGCCCUGUUCCUGGGGUACGAGGCCAGCCGUAAGUUCAUGAUGAAAAAGUUUGACAGCUGACCUGGUCCUCCUCCGACAACGAUGUCCCCAAUCUCUUUUUUUGCCUUAUCAUUUGUACCAGUUAACCCUACUGCGCUGUGUCGUUAACCUCCUACAACACUCCGAACUGGUUGAAAUUACCUGAUUUCAAUGAGUUCUGAUUGUAAGUGGGCUGAGCUUUGCCCGCUGGGUUGGAACCCACACUCCUCAGAGAAGCAUUUUGGCUAAUAUUAUGUUUUUAGAUACUUGACUUAAAUGUGAAUAUAAACUGAGUGUACAAAAUAUUUGGAACCUAAUAUUGAGUUGCAUCCCGUUUUGCCCUUAACAGCCUCAAUUCGUUAGGGAAUGGACUCUACAAGGUGUCAAAAGCGUUCCACAGUGAUGCUGGCCCAUGUUGACUCCAAUGCUUCCCAAAGAUGUGUCAAUUGGCUGGAUGUUCUUUGGGUGGCAGACCAUUCUUGAUACACACAGGAAACUGUUGCGCAUGAAAAACCCAGCAGCAUUGCAGUUCCUGGCACACUUCCACCAGUGCGCCUAGCACCUAUUAUAGUACCAUUCCCCGUUCAAAGGCACUUAAAUCUUCUCUGAAUGGCAUAGAUACACAAUCCAUGUCUCUAUUGUCGCAAGGCUUAAAAAUCCUUCUUUAACUUAUCUCCUCCCCUUUUGUCUACACUGAUUGAAGUAGAUUUAACAGGUGACAUCGAUAAGGGAUCAUAGACUGACCGGGUGAAUCCAGUUGAAAACGAUGUCAUGGACCUAAUUCUUUGUACACUCUGUGUAAGGUUGAUAUACAGGAUGCAUUCCCAGACCUGAUUUGAUAUGGGAUCAAGGUCUGGAAGUGGAGUAUUUCGUCUUUUAAUUUUUUACAGUAUUAAUAAAAUACAUGUUAUUUUAUAAAGCCCUUUUUACAUUAGCAUUUGUCUGUGGUACGUCAGAGCAGAAUCUCAGAAUAGUCAUAAUCUAUUUCUUCAUCUGCGAGAGGGGUAUACUACAAAGCAGAAUAAAGGAGUUCGACAGUUAACUUUGUUAUAUAUUCAGAAUUUAAAAUAUAUAUAUUUUUUAAAGAAAUAAGCUUGAAAUGUGCAUGGCCUAAUUGACUCCACAAACAAAAACACAUACAGUGGGGAGAACAAGUAUUUGAUACACUGCCGAUUUUGUAGGUUUUCCUACUUACAAAGCAUGUAGAGGUCUGUAAUUUGUAUCAUAGAUACACUUCAACUGUGAGAGGCUGAAUCUAAAACAAAAAUCCAGAAAAUCACAUUGUAUGAUUUUUAAAUGCAUGACAUAAGUAUUUGAUCACCUACCAACCAGUAAGAAUUCCGGCUCUCACAGACCUGUUAGUUUUUCUUUAGGAAGCCCUCCUGUUCUCCACUCAUUACCUGUAUUAUCUGCACCUGUUUGAACUCAUUACCUGUAUAAAAGACACCUGUCCACACACUCAAUCAGACAGACUCCAACCUAUCCACAAUGGCCAAGACCAGACAGCUGUGUAAGGACAUCAGGGAUAAAAUUGUAGACCUGCACAAGACUGGGAUGGGCUACAGGACAAUAGGCAAGCAGAUUGGUGUGAAGGCAUCAACUGUUGGCGCAAUUACUAGAAAGUGGAAGAAGUUCAAGAUGACGGUCAAUCACCUUCGGUCUGGGGCUCCAUGCAAGAUCUCACCUCGUGGGGCAUCAAUGAUCAUGAGGAAGGUGAGGGAUCAGCCCAGAACUACACGGCAGGACCUGGCAAUGACCUGAAGAGAGCAGGGACCACCGUCUCAAAGAGAACCAUUGGUAACACACUACGCCAUCAUGGAUUAAAAUCCUACAGCGCACGCAAGGUCCCCCUGCUCAAGCCAGCGCAUGUCCAGGCCCGUCUGAAGUUUGCCAAUGACCAUCUGGAUGAUCCAGAGGAGAAAUGGGAGAAGGUCAUGUGGUCUGAUGAGACAAAUAGAGCUUUUUGGUCUAAACUCCACUCGCUGUGUUUGGUGGAAGAAGGAUGAGUACAACCCCAAGAACACCCAAGAAGACCAUCCCAACCGUGAAGCAUGGAGCUGGAAACAUCAUUCUUUGGGGAUGCUUUUCUGCAAAGGGGACGGGACGACUGCAUCGUAUUGAGGGGAGGAUGGAUGGGGCCAUGUAUCGCGAGAUCUUGGCCAACAACCUCCUUCCCUCAGUAAGAGCAUUGAAGAUGGGUCGUGGCUGGGUCUUCCAGCAUGACAACGACCCGAAACACACAGCCAGGGCAACUAAGGAGUGGCUCCGUAAGAAGCAUCUCAAGGUCCUGGAGUGGCCUAGCCAGUCUCCAGACCUGAACCCAAUAGAAAAUCUUUGGAGGGAGCUGAAAGUCCGUAUUGCCCAGCGACAGCCCUGAAACCUGAAGGAUCUGGAGAAGGUCUGUAUGGAGGAGUGGGCCAAAAUCCCUACUGCAGUGUGUGUAAACCUGGUCAAGAACUACAGGAAACGUAUGAUCUCUGUAAUUGCAAACAAAGGUUUCUGUACCAAAUAUUAAGUUCUGCUUUUCUGAUGUAUCAAAUACUUGUGUCAUGCAAUAAAAUGCAAAUUAAUUACUUAAAAAUCAUACAAUGUGAUUUUCUGGAUUUUUGUUUUAGAUUCCAUCUCACAGUUGAAGUGUAUGAUAAAAAGUUACAGACCUCUACAUACUUUGUAAGUAGGAAACACUGCCGAUUUUGCAGGUUAUCAAAUACUUGUUCUCCCCACUGUAUCUAAGUUUAGCUUUCUUAAAGAACCAGAAAAUGAUCUGUUAUUUCUCUGUUUAUCAAAGUUAGCUGGCUAAUGCAUUGAUCCUGCUUUGUAGUAUACCCCUGAGUUGUUACUGUUCUUUUGUGGUCUUGUCUGUCUACUGCAGAAAGGCAAUGCAUCUACGCAGCCAACCAUUAUUUUCCUCCUAUUCUCAACACUCCACCGGAGUGGACCUGACCCGAGGGGUAUACUACAAAGCGGGCUCAAUGAAUUAGCCAGCUAACUUUGAUAAACAACCAGAAAUAACUAUUGAUGUUCUGAUUCAUUAAGAAAGAUGUGUUUUUUGGUUGUUGAGUCAAUUAGACCAUGCCAUUUCAAGCUUAUCCUUCAAAAAAUAAGUUAUUUCAGAAUAUUUAGGCAGGGUAACUCAUUGAUCAUUUGUUGUACACCCCUCUGGCUUACUUGUCAUAGUGCUGGUACACGAUUGAGAAAGGCACUGUAAUAGUACUGUAUUUUCCAGCCAUUUCAAGAAAACAGCACUCGUUUUUCAAAUGCAUUGCAAUACAUUGCCUUUAUGCCAAGUUCCCUGAAAUGUAACUCCAUUAUUCAAAUAUUCAGUGUUUUUCUGUCCUUUUUUUAGUCAUUAAUAUUGGUAACGCUUCACAUUCAGUUGCUCUUAUACCUGUGUAAUAAUACUGAAAUGUAUUAAUAGUAACAACAGUGUGCUAACUAACAUGUUAUACGUCAGUAACUGUGUUCUAAUUGAUUUGAGCAGUUUUGUAAUUACAUAGGGGAGGAAUUGGGGGUGAAGUGUUACCUUGUUAUUGUUGUUUGUCUAUUAACCACUAUUCUUCGCCUUGUUUGUCAUGUACUAUAAUGUUAUAUUGUGAUGUGCCAAACCAUGAAAUUCUCAGCUUCAAGCAACACGGACUAAGUAUCAUGUCAAAACUGCCAAUUACAAUGAUCUGCCAGAGGUAUCUUUCCCAUUGUCAAAUAUUCCUUAAACAAGCCUUUACACUUUAGACAUUUUAAAUAUGCAAUAUUUAUUUCAAAUAAAGAUGCAUAUUCUUUUA